AUGGAACAAUCCCAGUCACAUUGCAAAAUCUGUCGAGACUGCGUUUUAUGGCACUCGUUCUUUGUAAAUUGCGGUGGAGGAAGAACGAGAUUCGAGGGGAACGAAUAUGACGAGAAUCUUAGCAAUCUUGGCCCAUCACAUUUCGAGUGGAACGAUAGGUGGGCCUAUAGCAGCACAGGCACAUAUACAGGGGAAGACACUGCACUGUACAGAGUUGGAAGUGACUCGUUAAUGAUAGAUGCAAAUACCAAUCUUUACCAAACGGCCCGUCUUGCCGCAUCAUCGAUAAAAUAUUACGGGCUUUGCAUGCAACAGGGUAGCUAUAGAGUGUGUCUCUAUUUUGUCGAAAUAAUGUAUUUUGAUAACGCGACUUAUAGAAAUCUCGGGAUGAGAGUAUUCGAUGUCGCCAUCCAAGGAACAACGGCUAUACCCAUCAGAGGUAUAUAUGGGCCGUUGAUAUCCGCAAUAGCCGUGACACCAAAUUAUGAUGUCAGCACGGGCUCGGGAGAAAUAUUAUCUGCCAGAGCUAUUACUGGGAUCGUGAUCUCGUCGUGUGUGGUUGUGUUUUUGGUUUUGUUUGUACUCUGGAAGAAAGGAUACUUGGGAGGAAAAGAAUCCGAAGAUAAUGGUCGUGAAGAGCAAAGAGUAAACCUCAACUGGUCCACGAGAAAGAAGAUAUGUAUCAGGAGAGCAAAAGGUCUUGCGUAUCUGCAUGAAGAAUCGAGGUUGAUAAUCGUGCAUAGAGAUAUAAAGGCGACUAAUGUUCUUUUGGAUAGAGAUCUAACUGCUAAGAUAUCCGACUUUGGUUUAGCUAAGCUCGAUGAAGAAAACACUCACAUUAGCACACAAAUUGUUGGGCUUUGGCGGGCGCCCUGCAAUCGAUCGCCGCCACCACUGUACGAUGAGGAGAACGCCAAGGACACCUUGUCAGAAGUGAACCCUUUCGGUGUCCGCGUGGAUCGACUUGAAGACGAGGGCUUCAGCGGUUGUUGGGAGGCAGCAUUUUGGGUGGGCGUCCCGGAAUUCUCAUGCGGGCUGGAUGCAGCCGACUUCCUGACUGGCUUACGUUCUACAAGUGCAAGGGAACCUUCUAGACCUCGUGGACCCCACGCUCGGCUCGGAUUUCUCAAAAGAAAAGGCGCUGAAAAUGCUAAACCUAUCGCUCUUUGCGCGAAUCCUUCACCGAAUUUGAGGCCCACAAUGUCGUCGGUUGUGAGCAUGCUCGAAGGUAAAGCAAAGGUGCAAGCGCUCCUCGUGAAGCGUGGGCCCGCAGGCAAAGAUGUUCAGUUCAAAGCUUUCGAGGUGCUCUCACAAGAUAGCCAAACGCAAGUCUCGAAGAUUUCUCAUGAUUGUCGAGAGCAAAGGGGUGUUUCGAUGGAUGGUCUUGAAGACGGGUAUCGAUGUGCUUGCUCCGGUCACGGAGGACUGGAUUUUUUGCAAGGGCAAUGGCGGGCUGGUUGUCCACCAAGAGCUGGUGGACGAGCUUCCUCGCCGGUCAGCUCUCCCAGCAACCGACGCAGCCAGACCGCCUGGCACGCCGCUGUGGCUGCCGCUACGUACUCCGCCUCGCACGUAGACAACGCCACAAUCUUCUGUUUCAGCGACUGCCAUGAGAUUGGGGCCGAUCCAAGGAAGACGAGCACACCAGAGGUGCUCUUCCGCCCAUCAAUGUUGCCUGCCAUCUCUGCAUCGCUAAAAACCGUGAGUCGCAGCCCACUUUAG